AUGCGCCCACGAUGGAAAAACAAAUAUAUAUAUUUAAAUAUUGCCCUGUAAUGAAAGUACCGCAUGUAAACAUACAAUAAUAACAACAAAAAUAAAUGAUUGCUUGAAUACGAAAAAUUUAAAAUUAAAGACCAAAAAUUUAGGAUAUAUGAUAGUAUCGUAAAACAGGAGAAAAUAAUGAAGACACUUAUUAAUAGAAGACAUAAAUACUGUAUUUAACGCAGAAGAAGCAACGUUGAAAUUUGAUAAACAUAAUAUUGAAAAGUGUAAAUGUUCAGGUACUCUGUCAUUCAUUAUUGCACGUUGUAUCGUGGCAGUGUGGUUUGUUACUUGUGUGUUUUUUCACAUGGAGAAGCUUUUGUUUAAGUGUUUUAUUCGUAAGAGUUUUUGUGUGGAAAGACAAAACAUAGUUACUUCCUCUUACACGUAAUUUGAACUACAGACAGACUGAGAGACUCACAGACUAUAAAAAGAUGACGAGAACAUCUGCACUCUAUUUGGGGUUAAUCAGAGGCACUUUAAAUUGUGGCAUGUGCGAUCUGAACAGCCACAUUAUAGGAGGGUGUGCACACUUAUGUAACCAUAUAAUCUCAGUUGUUUAUUUUUACUUACCCUCUCGAAAAUAUUUUUUAAAAUUAAGUUCUACAAGUUAUAGGUCUCAUUAUUAGUGGAAAAUGCUUUGAAAUGAUUUAUCUUGGUCUCAUGUUUGUAUGUCACAAAAACUUGACAUUUGAACAGGGAGACUGUAGACUGUUUAAAUCCACUGUAGCUAGAUCCAUAAUAGUUCUAUCAGAAUCAGAAUCAUCUUUAUUUGCCAAGUAUGUCCAAAAAAUACACAAGGAAUAUUGCACAUUGAAACUUGAGAGGAAUUAAAAACGUUUAAAAAAUUAAUGUAAAUUGGAUAAUAAUCAGUGGAGGGAAGAAGCGAAGUAAAAACACUUUUGUUACUGUACUUGUAGAUUUUUCAGGUAUCUGUACUGUAUUUGAAUGUUUAUUUUUAUUCAAACUUUGUACUUUUAUGGUCUACAUUUUAAAACAGAUGUAGAUCUGUACUUUCUACUCCUUACUUUGCCAAAAUAGGUUUGUUACUUUUCUCAAACCUCCACGGACGACGAUGUGUGACGUAAAUAGAGUCAACAGCGGACAGCAGCGACCUGGCGGAAAGUGAACCAGGGAACGACGAUGCAACAGAUUUGGAAAGGCAUUGCGCGCAUGCGCAUUGCCCUUCCGCCUGCCUUGAGUCCACCGCCUUGACUGACUCCUCUUCCGCCGCCAUCCCUCAUCCAAACGUGCACAUAAUCAUGAGCUUCACUGUGGAAAAGAGGGGCAUUGCCAACUCCCUGAGCUACCGCUUGUUCUUCAAGAAUUCUGAAGGGAAGUACAUCUCACCAUUCCAUGACAUACCAAUAUAUGCCAAUGAGGGACAGGACAUCUUUCACAUGGUGGUAGAAGUACCAAGAUGGACAAAUGCAAAGAUGGAGAUCGCCACAAAGGAUCUCUUGAACCCAAUAAAACAAGACGUGAAGAAGGGCAAGCUGCGCUACGUCGCUAAUGUUUUCCCCCAUAAAGGCUACAUAUGGAACUAUGGAGCCAUUCCUCAGACUUGGGAAGAUCCAGCGCACAAAGACGGAGACACCGGCUGCUGCGGGGACAACGACCCCAUUGACGUCUGUGAAAUCGGGUCCAAGGUGUGUUCUCCCGGCGAGGUGAUCACAGUGAAGGUUCUCGGGAUCCUGGCUAUGAUCGACGAGGGUGAGACUGACUGGAAAGUGAUUGCAAUCAACAUUGAGGACCCUGAAGCCAAUGAGCUCAACAACAUCACUGAUGUUCAGAGAUUGAAGCCCGGCUAUCUGCAGGCCACGGUAGACUGGUUCAAGAAGUACAAAGUGCCUGAUGGGAAGCCAGAGAACAAAUUUGCUUUCAAUGAGGAGUUCAAGGACAAGGACUUUGCCAUUAAAAUUAUCAAGCGCACUCACAACUUCUGGAAAGCUCUGAUUUGCCAACAGACCGACGGUGGUGAACUGAACUGCAGAAACACGUGCACCUCAUCCAGUGACAGCCCUUUCUGCUGCUCGAUGGACGAGGCUAAAACUGCUGUCGGUGAUGCAUGUCCUUGUGAAAAGGUGGAGCCCAUCCCAUCAUCAGUCGAUAAAUGGUUUUACUACGACAAGAAGUAAUCUACAAGCUUACUGCAUGGGAGAAGAAAGUGGACAUUUCAUCUGUCAUAGGCUUACUUGAAGACGAUAGGAACUUUUGUAGCAGUGGAACGAGACAUUGCAGGUUUUGUAAGGUGUCUGUCUUCCUUAUGGAAAUGUGAGAUAGUGGGUUGAGAUUGUAGUGAUAUGGAAAAAAAUGCAUUUAAUUCUUCCCUUAUUUAUCAAAAGCUUUCCCUACACAUGAGGUGGAGGUUUAAAACUGACAGGUGCAAAGCCUAUUAAUAUGUGUGCCAUGUAAGAUACACUGAAUUGCUUUAAUAAAGCUACGCUAGUAAAUAAUCAA